AUGACUUGCCCCGGAGGCGUGCUUAAGACGGUGGUCAACUUCCUCGUUUUGAUUCUGGACCAAGUCAUGGAUUUGCAUCUGGCGGCCAAGGGUCACGUGGAGUUUGCCUGGGCCCUGUCGGGCAUCGACUUGGGCACCUUGGAAGUGCAGGGCGACUCCCGCCCGGCCGACCUGAGGCGAGAACUGGAGGACCUUUCAAAAACUUCGGCCUUGUCAUUGCGCCUUGUGCUCGAAGGCGUGCAGGAAGUACAAGACAAGGCGACGACAGAAGCAAGCCUCGAUGAUGGCAGCUUGCAGGGAGGGCUGGAGCACCUUCGCCAGGUCGACGCGCUCCUCGACUGCGCCCAGCGCAUGGCGCUCGCAGAUCGCUCGCCAUGCCGAGUGCUGGCUUUCCGAAAGGAGCCCCCACCUUUUCCAGGGAUCAAGCCUUUCUUGAACUUCCUGUUCCGGAAUCGGCAUGAAUUGACUUGGGGCCCGAGUGCCAUUUACGACCUGACGCGCGGCGUUGUUGCUUUGGAGCAGGAUGGUCAGUCUCGCCCGCGGCGCAGGGACAGCAACGACAGCAACGACAGCGACUACAGCUUUGACGAACGCCAAUUCGACAACCCUUCCCGGACGAGAAUCGACUGCAACACACAGUUUUUCAUGCCCCUUGUGGAUGAGGAGGGAGUGGAAGAUAGGAGCUAUGAGGUUUUGGGUACUGCUUUACACCAUGCCGUCUUGCGUGGCCUUACCAGCGUGUGCAAGGGCCUGCUUGAUGACCCGGCCUUUACAGAAAGCGACGCACACUUUGACGUCGGCAUCUGGAACCGCCGGGGCCCCGAAUAUUGUUCUGAGCGAGGUACAGCUCUCCACGCGCUGGCAGCUGACCUCGUUGACGUCAAUGCCUUGACCUCUGAGGGUUGUAGCGCGCUGCACAUGGCCGCUGCCUCAGGGGAUGCUGCAACUUGCAAGCUGCUGCUGGACCAUGCUGCCUUCACGGCUGCCGAUGCAUGGGGCACGUUACCAGAGUCUAUCUCGAAUUUUUGUUGUACUGACAGGGACCAUGACGAUGACCAUCUCUAUCACCCCUUCGACCUCUAUUGGUACUCGCGGUGCCACAUGGAGGACACCGGCACGGCCUUGCAUACAGCGGUUGAGAUGAACCAUGCAGAUGUUGUUGCAGUUCUUCUCGGCCACAGCCGCUUCACAGCUGUCACCUUGGCGAAUGGAAACGGAAAGACAGCUUUACACAGAGCAGCGAUGCUGGGCCGACUUGGCCUUGUCAAGCAGCUGCUGGAAGAUGGCCGCUCCGGGGAUGUCCGGACUCGUGCCGGUGAGACGGCGCUCGACCUGGCCCUGCGGCUGAGGCCAGCGGAGCGCGCCCGCAGCCAUCGCUCAGCCACCCUUUCGGACCACGAGCAGGAAGACAUGCUUCGCAGGCAUGAUGCGGUGAUCAUGGCCCUGGGAGGUCAUGGGCUGAAGCUGGACAUACCCAACCUUUCCUCGCAGAGGAAGCAGGCAUAUGAGCAGUGCUUCCAUGCCGAGGACCACAUGGAUGGCCGCUGGCGCAAGCGUCUGAGUCUCCGGAAAGGGGGCCGUCGAAAGGACGAGGUAGCGAGGAAGGCGGCCAGGGAAGAUGAGCUUGAGAAGCUGGCUGGCAAAGCCGCAGGCCACGUGAAGAAGUGCAAAGAACCCAAAGCAUCCAAGGCCCUGAGCAGCUGGAGCAUCGACUCGCCCGACUUUCAAGUAAGCCUGCCCAAAACCACAAACCUUGACGUCAUCAAGCGACGCGUUCCAGCAGCAUUUGCUUUAGCGCUGGCCGGCAUGCUUCUCCUUGCCUCCGGAAAUCUCCUUGACAGCGCUGGCUUGAAGGAAGCAGAGAGGGCAGAGGAGGCGUGCUUCUCGGUGGUGGGACUGAUGGCGAGCUUGGAGCAGAAAUGCCAAGUGGCCAGCCAAUUCGAGCACUUGGUUGAUUACUCAGCUUGGUAUGUCCUGGAGCAGCUAGCAAGUCCGGGCUUUACCGAGUAUACCUGGCUAGAGAAGCUGGCGCAGUGCUAUACCUGCGAUGCCUGGUACAUGUAA